AUGAACACCACUAGUUUGAUAUGGUUGUCAGUAACUGAUAAUGUUAAUGUCAUUGUGAAGACAUUAAGGAAUAUUACAUCUGUAUCACCAGUUGAUAACCCAUACACUCAGUUUAUUCCAGAUAAUGUAAUAAGCAUAUUAAGCCAAUAUGGUAAACUAUUUUGUGAUAGAAGAUUUUCAGUUCUCAUAAUGGUACUGGUACCUUUAUUGUUUUUCAUAUCUUCAAAAUCAUCAAGAAAACGUAAAAGAAAAACUAAUGAGCCUUUACCAUCCUGUUUUAAUGAAAACAAAUCUGAAAGGUCUAAUAUUUUUGAUGUAGCAAAGACUGCCUAUGAAGAGGGCCACACAGAACAAGUGAUAGAAAUGGUGGAAUCUACAGGAUAUGAUGUUAAUUAUAUUCCACCAUUAUCAGAUUUAUCUCUGUUUCUAUGUGGAUGUUUAAGUGGUUGUGAAAAUCUUAUAAUAUACCUCUUAAAGAAAGGUGGGGAUGUAUUAAGUACAACAGAAGAUGGUGAUACACCACUAUAUCUAGCAACAUUUGGUGUUUUGAACUCAGAAUCUCCUAAUCUUAAUGUCAUUAAAAUUUUACUAAUAGCAGGUGCUGAUCCAAACAUAUGUAAUGAAGCUGGUAUAUAUCCUAUAGAUAGUGCCAUCAAUGCAGGCAAUUUAGAAGCAGCAGAACUACUACGUAUAGAUAUAAACAAUCCAUAUGAAAGAGAUUUUGGUCAACCUCAAACUCCGACACAUAUCACUGUGGGCUUACAGAGUCCACAGAGAAAGUUAUUGAUGGAGUCAAGUCGACAUAGGCAGAGUCAUUUACUAGAUCACUGA